AACGGAAAAUUCGUAUGUUGGUAGCGGUCAGAGAAGGCUAUAGCCAUGGUUAGUUAGUCGCGGUCCGUACGCGAACGGCGACGGUUCGUAACUUGAACAUCGAAAUUUAUUCGCGUUAGUGCAUUGUGGCGAACUUAAAAAAAGAUUCUCACUAACAAGGGCCAGAAUAGCGAGCAGCCAUGGUAAAAGCAUACAACGGCGCAUUGGUCCUUGCGGACAUUUUGCUACUUAUUUUGAAGAUUCUAUAUUACAUUUGCGAAAGCGUGUAUAAAUUUUUCGUACCAGCAGAAGAAAAAAGCGUGGCUGGUGAGAUCGUUCUGAUAACAGGUACUGGUCAUGGUAUUGGAAAAGAAUUGGCUCUUCGUUAUGCAUCAUUAGGUGCAACAGUGGUUUGCUGGGAUGUGAACCAAGAAUCAAACGAAGAGACAGUGAAUGAGAUAAAGAAAACUGGAACAGCUGCAGCAUACGCAUAUCAAUGCGAUGUGUCGAACAGAGAGCAUGUCUUCAGCGUAGCCGAAAGAGUCAAGCAGGAAGUUGGCAACGUCACUAUUUUAGUUAACAAUGCUGGUAUAAUGCCUUGCCAUGCAUUUCUCGAUCAUACCACUGACGAAAUUAAACGAAUCUUCGAUAUUAACGUGCUGGCUCAUUUCUGGAUGCUACAAGCAUUUCUACCAAGUAUGAUCGAAAAAAAUCACGGCCACGUAGUUGCGCUCUCGUCACUGGCUGGAAUUGGUGGUAUUCCAAAUUUAGUUCCUUACUGUGCUUCAAAAUUUGCAGUUAGAGGACUUAUGGAAUCAAUCAGCGAGGAACUACGGACAUCCACCAAAGGAAAAUCUUUAAUCAAAUUCACUACCAUUUAUCCGUAUAUGGUAGACACUGGACUUUGCAAAAAACCAAAAGUAAAGUUCCCGUCUGCCAUGCCGUUGGUUUCACCGGGGCAAGCAGCCUCACAAAUAAUUCACGCGCAGAGGUGCAACUAUCACGAAAAAACUGUGCCUCCAUUCUGGUUAUCAUUCAACUUAUUAUUAAGACUUUUGCCCGACGAUGCGUUACGCUGCUUAGUGGACUUUUGUGAUAGCGGUGUCGAGGCGGACAGCUAACAAUUGCAAAGAAACAUCUCUAAUUGAUUAAAAACAAAUAUGUGAAUAAAAUUUUUUUAUAUAAUUAUCUAGUAUAUGCUAUUGUAUUAUUUAUAAGACGUCGUACAAAAUCAGGGUU